AUGGAAAAUUACACGCAGCCCUCGACUGACUUCGUCCUCCUGGGCCUCUUCCCCCCAUCAAGGGCUGGCCUCAUCCUCUUCACGCUCACCUUCCCCGUCUUCCUGAUGGCCCUGGCUGGCAACCUGUGCAUGGUCCUGCUCAUCCUCCUGGACGCCCACCUCCACACGCCCAUGUACCUCCUGCUCAGCCAGCUCUCCCUCAUGGACCUCAUUUACGUCUGCACCACUGUGCCCAAGAUGGUGUCUGGGUUCCUAUCGGGGAACAAGUCCAUCUCCUUCAUCGGGUGUGGGUUCCAGAGCUUCCUCUUCCUUAUUAUAGCAGGUUCAGAAGGGCUGAUCCUGAUGUCCAUGGCCUAUGACCGCUAUGUGGCCGUCUGCUCUCCUCUGCACUACCCCAUUCGCAUGAGCAGGAGAGCGUGUGUGCUGAUGAUCCUGGCAUCUUGGGCAACGGGUGCCGUCAACUCCUCAGUUCACACAGUGUACAUCCUCCGCAUCCCCUACUGCAGGUCCAGGGCCAUCGACCACUUCUUCUGUGACGUCUCAGCCAUGCUCACUCUGGCCUGCACAGACAGCAGCAGCCAUGAGUACAUCAUGUUCCUGAGUGCCAUCCUCUUUCUCCUGCUUCCAUUUGUGGUCAUUGUGCUUUCCUAUGGCAAGGUUCUCCUUGCCGUCUACCACAUGAGCUCCCAGGAGGGCAGGAAGAAGGCCUACGCCACCUGCAGCACCCACCUCACCGUGGUGACUUUCUACUAUGCACCGUUUGCCUACACUUACCUCCGCCCUAAGGCCCUCCGGUCUCCAGCGGAGGACAAGGUCCUGGCUGUCGUCUACACCAUCCUGACUCCCAUGCUGAACCCUGUGAUCUACAGCCUGAGGAACAAGGAGGUGCUGGGGGCCCUGGGAAGAGUGAGGGGGAGAAUCUGCUGUAAGAAAAUAUAG